AGUAUCUCCCCAAUGGAAGUCUCGACCAGGCACUAUUUGGAGGUGAUAAGAAGACUUUACAUAUAGAUUGGCCAACACGUUUUGAGAUAUGCAUGGGAGUAGCUAGAGGUCUAGCCUACCUCCACGAGGAGGGGAGUGUUCGCAUAGUACACAGGGAUGUGAAGGCAAGCAACAUUUUGCUAGACUCUGAUCUGGUCCCUAAAGUCUCUGAUUUUGGUCUGGCAAAACUAUACGAUGACAAGAAAACCCACAUAAGUACCAAAGUGGCUGGCACGGUUGGAUAUCUUGCUCCAGAGUAUGCCAUGCGUGGACACUUAACCGAAAAAACGGAUGUGUAUGCCUUUGGUAUUGUGGUCCUCGAGCUAGUGAGUGGAAGGGGAAACGCAGAUGAGAGCCUGGAGGGUGAAAAACGAUUUCUUCUCGAAUGGGCAUGGAAUCUACACGAGAAAAGCUGUGAAGUGGAACUUAUUGAUCGUGAGCUGACUGAAUUCAACACGGAAGAAGUGAAACGCAUGAUAGGCAUUGCUCUGCUUUGCACUCAAGCAUCUCACGCGGUUAGACCAUCAAUGUCACGAGUGGUUGCCAUGCUUUCAGGAGACGUUGAGGUGAGUGAAGUGACCUCUAAGCCGAUCUACCUACCCGACUGGAGAUUUGAUGACACUACAAGGUCCUCUUUCAGCGCCUUUCAAACCAAAGACACGGGCGCUUCUGGCUCCUACUCAACGACCUUUGUGACACCCGCAGACAGCGACUUUAAGCCUAUGCUUGGAGUCAAGAUCAAUGAAGGGAGAUGAAACUGUCCCAUCUCCUCUUUGAUGGCUAUGGAGAUGUCUAAGUGUAGUAUCACCAUGUUCUUCUUUGGUUGGAAGACACAUAGUUCACUUUAUGUUAUGAAAAAUAAGAGAAACAUAUAUUUCACUUUAUCAUCUUCUGAGAUAUAUUUCCUACAAUUGUACCCUUUUCUCCAUUGUAAUAUAAUUCUACUUUUAACA